CUGAUCACCAUCAGAAAAAAAUACACUUAACUUAACGCUAUCGAACAAAUUAGAUACCACAUUCUCUAAUUCGAAUAUAAAUAUUUUUCAACUAAUGUUAGUGAUAGCCAAAACAUCUGUUAAUGUACUGCUUUGUAAAAUGCUUGGACCUAAUCCCAAACUGACUAAACAAUAUCAAACUUAAUAUUAAUCUAAUAUCAAACUCAGCAACCUAGUGUAUGUUAAUGCUAAAUGAAAUCCCUAAAUGAAAUCCAUUUAGGCAUAGUGAGUAACUAUUAAAGACAGUUUUAUAUAUGAAAAAAAAAGUCACGAUGGUUAAUCAAACCCUCUUCGAUCACAUCUAUAGUGUCAUUGAUCCUCUGUGUAUAUCAUUAUCAGCUAUGGUAAAGAGUUUAAUCUUCAAAAUCUAUCUUUUUACAGACGGAGGGGGUCAUUAUUAGAACAAAAUAAAAGUAGGGGCUAAAUCAGAAUAUUCUCAAAUUAUAAAGGUUUACUUUAAAAUAAAAAAGGCCCAUCAACUUCUUCCGUCUAUACAUACACGUCAACAACCACUCUGAAAACUCCUUUAAUUUUUUUAUUCAAUUCCUUUCUUCCUCAAACUGAAAUGAAUGGCGACGGAAGAUCGGAGACCGGACCUAGCGCCGCCGCACCGGAGGAAGACGAGGAGCUAGUAACUAGGAAAAUGGUGUAUAUGUGGGGUUACCUCCCCGGAGCCUCGCCGCAGCGCUCGCCUCUGCUGUCACCGGCCGCGGUGAAGAUUCCGCCGGCAGUCGAAAGCUCCUGGAAAGACGUCUCCGGCGGCGGAUGCGGCUUCGCAAUGGCUACCUCAGAGUCAGGGAAGCUGAUAACGUGGGGGUCGACUGAUGAUCUAGGUCAAAGCUAUGUCACAUCAGGGAAGCACGGGGAGACUCCGGAGCCUUUUCCUCUGCCUCCUGAGGUUCGUGUAGAGAAAGCUGAAGCUGGGUGGGCUCAUUGUGUGGCGGUAACAGAGAGCCAUGAAGUUUAUACAUGGGGAUGGAAGGAAUGUAUACCCACAGGGAGAGUGUUUGGACAGGUAGAAGGAGAUUCAUGUGAAAUGAACAUCUCCUUCUCUGCCGAGCAAGUGAGCCCUAGUUCUCAAGGAAAAAAAUCUAGCGGUGGAGCGUCUUCCCAAACUAGACCGGAACCCACAAAGAAGAGGCGGAUUUCACCGGGAAAGCAAGCUGCUGAAAACUCAUCGCAGUCCGAGAACAACGACCUCUCGGCAUUGCCUUGUCUUGUAUCAUUGGCUCCAGGAGUUAGGAUUGUCAGUGUUGCUGCUGGUGGACGUCAUACUCUAGCAUUAUCAGAUAUUGGACAGGUAUGGGGUUGGGGUUAUGGAGGAGAAGGACAGCUUGGAUCGGGCUCCCGUGUACGACUAGUCUCCUCUCCUCAUCCUAUUCCGUGCAUUGAGCCUUCUUCUUAUGGAAAAGGCAGCUCCUCUAUGAGUUCAGAAGUACAAUGCGGCCGAGUUCUUGGAAGUUAUGUAAAGAAAAUUGCAUGUGGAGGGCGACACAGUGCUGUGAUCACAGAUACUGGAGCGCUCCUUACCUUUGGUUGGGGGCUUUAUGGACAGUGUGGUCAAGGGAGCACAGAUGAUGAACUAAGUCCUACAUGCGUAUCAUCUUUGUUGGGAAUCCGGAUAGAAGGAGUAGCCGCAGGUCUAUGGCACACAGUCUGCGUUUCAUCUGAUGGUGAUGUGUAUUCAUUUGGUGGAAACCAAUUUGGCCAGUUAGGUACUGGUUGUGAUCAAGCUGAGACUCUUCCUAAAUUAUUGGAGGCUCCAAAUCUGGAAAACGUGAACAUCAAAACCAUCUCAUGCGGCGCUCGUCACACCGCUGUAAUCGCAGAUGAAGGGAAAGUAUUUUGCUGGGGAUGGAACAAGUAUGGUCAGUUGGGACUAGGAGAUGUGAUUGAUAGGAAUGCACCUUCAGAGGUUAGAAUAAAAGAUUGUGUCCCCAAAAACAUUGCGUGUGGUUGGUGGCAUACUCUGCUUCUAGGCCAGUCCUCUCUCUGAAUGUGUCACACACAACAAAAACACAAGCACACGCCAAUUUUGUUAGGGUUUUAGAGCAAAGUUCUGAGUUCAAUAGACAGUAUUUGUACAUACACGAGCAGCAUAUUAUAUACAAUGCAAUGAUGUGUUUGUUCUGAUUAGCUUAACUUUUCAAACAUUUGUUUAGUUUUCAGGUGAAGUUUCUUUGUUUUAACUUUAAAACUUGUGCUAAUAAAUAAAGUUUUUUCAUCUCCAA